AUGCACAAGUUAGCCGAGGAUUUCAAACUUGACCUUGCUGGAUCCGGGGCAGGCACCAUGUAUGGCAAGGCUCUGUACUUCAGCGAGAGUGCCACAAAGGCUGAUGAGUAUGCAAAGGAUGAACCUGGAGGACACUACAACAACGUGAGAGCACUGCUACUUUGCCGGGUUUGUUUAGGCAGAUUCCACUACACAACCGACCGUGAGCCAGCUGCGGAAGGUAAAUUCAAAUCCGGAAGAUCUGACAGUACCCUGGGCGACCGUUCCAGAUCCGUGGGCACUUAUCGCGAGGUGGCCAUUUAUGAUCCUGACCAGGUCUAUCCAGAAUAUGUGGUUCUCUAUGAGCGUUUGCACCGUGACGAAACGCCAACACCACCACCGAAGGACGUGCCAUUUCUGUUGGAGCUUCCAUUGUACUGGAAAAAUGCAUCUAAGAACCCUUAUGCAGAAGGCUUCAGGGAGCAUUGGGUUGUGAAGAUCGAGAUUAAAGAACUGAUCCAGCGCUUGGCCAAUGGCUCUUGCAGCGGUCGAGUUCCAGAGGUGCAAAAGGUGCGACGAGUAGAAGACUCCGGACUUUGGUGCCGCUAUAUCAACUGGAAGCGAAAUCUUAGUAAUCUUUUGGAUUCUCAAGGCUUGACUCAAUGUGCACCACCUCACGAACUGGACACAACUUCGGGGAGUGGUCAAGUGCUGACAGCGAAGAUCUUGCAGGAGUUCCACAGGGAUGAAGCCAUCAGUGUGCCUGGGCAGUUCAUGGUUGGUGUCAGCAAAGGGGCGAUAAACAUGCUGAUGUCACGUGUGUCUGACCGCGCUGGUGGCACCAAGGUGGAGAACAUGGCACCUGGUUUAAAUGAGCUGCUUUUGUGGCACGGAACCUCAAGACAGGCUUCGCCCUACAGAUCAGACGCGUAA